AUGGCAGAGAUGAUAAAUCAACCUACAAUACUAGAGAGAGCAACGAGAGAAUUAGACAUGGUCAUUGGAAAGGAGAGGCUCGUCCAAGAAUCUGAUAUUGCAAAUUUAAACUAUAUAAAUGCUUGCGCAAAAGAAGCAUUUAGGCUCCAUCCAGUUGCACAUUUCAAUAUGCCUCACGUUGCUAUGCAGGAUACUACACUCGGUGGUUAUUUCAUCCCCGAGGGUAGUUGGGCAUUGCUUAGCCGUGUUGGUCUUGGUCGAAACCCUAAAACAUGGCAAAAUCCGCUCAAAUUCAACCCCGAACGACAUUUGAAUAACGGAGAAAUUGUCCUGACAAAGCAUGACCCGAGGUUUUUAGUUUUCAGCACAGGUCGUCGCGGGUGUAUGGGAUCUUUUCUUGGAAGUUGCCUGACUACUAUGUUGCUUGCGAGGAUGAUUCAAUGCUUUUCAUGGAGUCCGCCGAGGAAUGCAAUCAGUGUUGAUCUUACAGAAGCUGUUGAUGAUCUCAGUCUUGCUAAUCCACUCAUGGCAUUUGGCAGGCCUCGAUUGGCUUCUCAUCUCUAUCCUACUACAUCUUGA